CUUCCUCUCCCUUCGGCACUCGUCCCCCUCUCUCUCUCUAAGGGGGUCGGACAUCUUAAGCACAAGAUGGCGCCGAAAAAGAAAGCCGAGACCGAAAAGAAGAUGUAAGAUCUGACAGGCACAGCGGACAGACAGACCGGCAUGAAUCAGUCGCACGGAGUGCAUCCUAUCCUGCGCCCGCCAUGGUUGUCCUAUGUGUGUAUUGCCGACUGCUUGUCUGUCUGUGUGUGUGUGCGUGUGGUUGCAGUUUGCUUGGGAGGCCUCGUGGUUCUCUGAAGAUGGGUCUGGUGGGCCUGCCCAACGUGGGCAAGUCGACGACCUUCAACCUCCUGUCCAAGCAGGCCGUGCCCGCAGAGAACUUCCCAUUCUGCACCAUUGACCCGCACGAAGCACGCAUGAACGGUAUGGAAGCCGAUGGUCGGUUCAAGGAGCCAACCAGUCAGUGCCUUCCUUCAUCCCUCGAGAUCUCCCCUGCCCUGUGCGUGUGUGUUGUGAUCCAUCAGUGCCUGAUGAGCGGUUCAAGUGGCUGUGCGAGCACUUCAAGCCCAAGUCGGAGGUGUCUGCGACACUGACCAUCUACGACAUCGCGGGCCUGGUGCCCAAUGCCCACCAGGGGGAGGGGCUGGGCAACGCCUUCCUCAGCCACAUACAGGCCGUUGACGGGAUAUACCACGUCGUGAGGGCCUUCGAGAGCGACGACAUCAUCCACACACAGGUAGAGUGAUUGUCAUAAGCAACCGACACACACAGGCAUACAGACCAACAGACACGUGUGUGGGGGAUAAAUAGGGUGAGGUGAAUCCCGUGAACGACUUGGUGACGAUAGCUGACGAGCUGCGUAUGAAGGACAUCCAGCGGCUGGAGGACAUCACGGUCGAGCCCGAGAAGUUCACAAGGCGGGGGGCCGACAAGCAGAAGAAGGCCGAGCUCGACAUACUCCUCAAGAUACUCGCCUGGGUCAAGGAGGACGGCAAAUGGAUCUCUGCUGGUGAGAUGCACACACACACACACACACACAGAGAGAGAGAGAGAGGGAGCGACAACACGCACACAGAGAGAGAUUUGUGUGCACCUUAGGUGACUGGAAGGCAGCUGAGGUUGAGGUGCUCAACAGCUACCAGUUGCUGACGGCCAAGCCAGUGGUGUACCUGGUCAACAUGUCCGAGAAGGACUUCAUCCGGCAGAAGAACAAGCACCUGCCCAAGAUCGCCGCCUGGGUCAAGGACAACCUCGACGGGCCCAUCAUCCCAUACAGCGCAGAGUUCGAGCAGAAACUCUCCGAGCUCCCGACUGAUGAGGAGAGGCAAAACUACAUCAAGGUGGGGUGGGUGGGCCACUGGGUGGGUGGCCUGGCCACACGGAUGGACGGAUGGAUGGAUGUGGGUGCUGUCAUAUCAGGAUGUGGGGGCCAAGUGUUCCCAGAUCGACAAGGUCAUCAACACGGGCUACAGCGCUUUGCACCUGCUCCACUACUUCACCUGUGGCGAGGACGAGGUCAAGUGCUGGACCAUCAGAGAAGGCACCAAGGCGCCACAAGCCGCCGGUAAACGAAGCAAUCAAUCGAUGGGAUCAGGGCAGACAGACACACGGGCAAAUGGUGUGUGUGUGUGCGCGUGUGUCAGGUAUCAUCCACACCGACUUUGAACGGGGCUUCAUCUGCGCCGAGGUCUACAAAUUUGACGACCUCAAGGAGGAAGGUCAGGUCCAACCAAUGGGCGGUGGCGGGUCAGACCAUCCAUAACCAACUCGUGUAUUGUAUGGCUGUGUGGAUUGGAUUGUCAGGGAGCGAGAAUGCGGUCAAGGCGGCCGGCAAGUACCACCAGAAGGGGUCAGUACAGUCAGUACACAGAAGGGUGUGGUGCAGUGCAUGUUGAGUGCCCUUCUGUGUGCGUGUCCUGGCUGUGCCGUGCUGUGUUGGUGUGUGUGCAGCAAGGACUACGAAAUCACAGAUGGCGACUGCGUCUUCUUCAAGUUCAACGUCACAUCCUCAGGGAAGAAGUGACCGAUCCAUCUUUCGCCUCAAUUGCCUCCGCUCUGCCUCUUGCUGGGGUGCACUGCGUGACGGUUGCCUGCCUGCCUGCCUGCCU